AUGAAAUCAACUAACUAUAUCCAGGGCUCGAAUCAUGUUCAUAUUGGAAUUGUUGGUGCCGGUAUUGGUGGGCUGGCUGCUGCCAUCGCCAUGAGCCAAGCAGGUGUCCAAGUUACUGUGUUAGAAGCAGCCGAAGAACUGGGUGAAAUUGGAGCUGGAAUUCAAAUGACCCCAAAUGUCUCUGUCCUUCUUCAACGAUGGGGCGUGGACAAGAUCAUCGGCGAGAACCUAGUGCAAUUUGAGGAAUUAAACAUGCGACGAAAGGAUGGUACACCAGUCGGAUUUACCGACAUCGGCACCAUCGAACGCGAUCUUCAGCGACCCUGGUGGGUAGUUCACAGAGCCCAUCUUCACGAAGGUCUAGCCAAGAUCGCAGCACAAUCCGGCGCAACGAUUAAGAUCGCCUCACGGGUUGUGGAGAUCGAUUAUCAAGGUAGUCAGGUAUCAGUUCAGACUCAAAAGGGAGACUCAUAUAUCUUUGAUCUUUGUGUUGGUGCCGAUGGAGUAAACAGUAUCAUUCGCCGAACACUGUUCCCAGAUGUCAAUCCAGAACCUCCAACAACCAACUGUGCUUACCGAGCCAUUGUACCAUAUGACCAAAUUCGCGAGGAUCCUAUUGCUAAGGAGCUGAUUGAGAAGUUGACGAUGGAGGUUUGGAUGGCUCCUAACUCUUAUAUCAUCACCUAUCCAAUCUCAGCGGGUAACAUGUUCAACCUGGUCCUCUCUCAUCACCGUCCCGAGAAACUGCGUGCUACUCAAGACGAUGUACCCAUUGAGGAAAUGCGCGAGGAGUAUAAGGAUUAUGAUCCCCGAAUUAAGCGAAUUGUAGAUAUGAUUCCUGAAGUCUCAUGUCGAAUGAACACUCACGAUGAACAGUCUCGCUGGCCGCUGAUGGUAACUGGACCCUUGAAGUCAUGGUCGUCGCCACAGAAGAACGUCGUCCUAAUGGGUGACGCAGCUCAUUCAAUGGUGAACCACAUGGCACAAGGCGCAGCGACAUCAAUGGAAGACGGCGCAUUCCUCGCCAAGUGCAUUGAAGCAGUGGUCCAAGGCAAGAUCAACAUAAGCGAGGCUAUUGAAAUUUACGAAACUGAGCGUAUGCCGAAGGCGUAUGCCAAACAACAAGUCUCAUUUAUCAAUGGUGCGAUCUGGCAAUUGCCUGAUGGACCAUUGCAGGAGGAACGUGAUGCGGCGAUGGCUCCUCAGCUGGAAGGAAAGUAUUUCAUUCGCAGCAGUAACCUGUAUGGCGAUCCUCAGACCGUACUGGAUGUUUACGGGUAUGAUGUCCAGGCUCAUGCUGAAGAUGCUGUGCGACAAUACUGCAAUCAGGGGAGAGAGUCGGCUCAUCCUGUGACUGGUGUUACUCCUGGAAUUCAGCGAAAGUAUAUGGGUUGGUUUCUACCGGAAGGUAGACAGGCUGGGAAGCUAUAA